AUGUCCAGAGAGCAAGCGACAGUCGCGUUUGGUAACACAGCUUUGAGUAUCGAGGACAGAAUAAUGGCUUGCAAACUUCGUAUUGCCAGUAGCAUUCUCGAAAAGUUUCUUGAAGACCCGGAAGCUGGCGCUCAGGACUGUUUACUGUACCUUCAAGAACUACACGACUCACCAGCUGUUCGUGAAACGUUCACGGUUCACAUCAAUGGAGGUUUCAAAUCUCUCUUUAAAGAAACAAAAAGAAGUGAGAUAGUUGAGUCCAUAACUGCAAUAAAUAACAUCUUAUCUGAUUUCAUCUUGAAAUUUACGAAGAUAGCACUUCCCAGUUCUUUUGAAUGGCCAGUAAUAGAACUGAUUGAUAGUAAACGGCCGAGGCCUAGGGAACAUAUCAUUGUACGCACAGAUGAGAUUAGACGAAAAGCUCGACAAAAAGAUGAAGAAGAAAAACGGAUAAAACAAAUGAGAAAGAGAUGGCCCAAUUAUGAGUUCAGUGACAAUAGUACAGCAUUUGAUUUUGAUUACUUUUAUGAUAGUUCUCCAAUGGCAAUGGCUGUUAAUAGUGCAGGAUGUAUUUAUUGGCAUGAUAUGGAUGACGUAAUUUUUUCUAAUUUUAAAGUAGACGAAGAUUUUAAAGUAGACGAAGAUUUUAAAGUAGUCGAAGAUUUUAAAGUAGACGAAGAUUUUAAAGUAGAAGUUGUGUCUGUAGAUAUCGGCCCGAAUGACGAUGUGUAUAUCCUACAACUAAGACGUGCAGCUGAUUCCCAUAUUGUAAAUGCAGGAGUUUAUUUUUUGAAAUUAUUUGUAUUUGAUAAGACAGGCACGUUUUUGCGUAAAAUUACAAAGGGUCUUCCGCCGACUGAGUGUGAAACUUGCUGGGUUAUGCGUGUGCUGGAGAAUAAGAUCGUUUUGUGCAAUGAGUUUGGGGAGGUAUUUGUCUUGACGUGUGACAUGCAAGGCCAACUGAACAGGGAAUGCUCGUUUUCCUUGCCUACACUUGGCAGUCCUGAUGAGAAACCUGAGGUUGUUGAGACACAACAUACGUGCGUUACAAACAAACGUGAAGUCAUCAUUGCACGACCGAAAGGGAACGAGGUAUAUAUCUGCGCAAUCACAGACGGAGGACAGAUGGAACGAAUAAUUCCGGUACCUCUUAAACAACACGAAACAGAAUCUUGGGUUUGCGGUGUGGCGUUUGAUGCUACACAUGAGGAGGAAAUCGUCGUUUUGAGAAACACCCCGAACCAAGAUUCAUUCUGGUCAGAUCUUAAUAUAGAAGUUUAUUCAAGAAAUGGGGAUUUACGGGAUUUCCAUCAUCUUCCUGGUUUGAAAGAUGAUUUCCAUUUGCUAUCCAAUCCUAAGGGCAUUGUCGCCGUUGUUGGAUAUCACAAACUUUAUAAUAUAAUCAGUUUUCACCACUUGGUAGGCAAAGUUUUCUUAGGCUCGGAAGUUACAGAUAGCUACAAAUCAGCAUACUGA